CAGGAGCCAACAGGGUUAAUGGAGGACUCUACAGCGCAAAAUGAUGAAAAAUCCUGAAGUUUAGAGCCUUCGAAAGCUUCUGCAUCAUGUGGGGGGUCAACAAAAGAAGAAGACAAAACACCUGAACCUCACACCUACAGGAAGUGGAGGUGCUCCUUCCUUCAAAAUGAACUGUGCUGUGAUUCUUCUGUUAACAUCAGGCUGCUUCACCUGGUCAUCAGUGAUAUACACCUCCCACAGAGCAGGGUCCAAUAAGCUGAAGUACCUCCUGGAGCCUCCAGUGUACGCCGAGGUCGUAGGUCGACGUGGAGGUAACGUCACUUUGCCGUGCAUCCUGAGAACCAAACCCAGCCACUAUAAAGUGAAAUGGACAAAGCUGGAGUCAGAAAACACAGGACAGGAGAACAUUAUUAUGAUCUCAAAUUCACACUCCUUUAAACAGUACGGCCAUCUCGGCCCGAGGGCCGCUCUCAGGAAAGCUCACACCAUGGACGCCUCGUUGCUGCUCAGCCGACUGAAGCUGGAGGACGGCGGCUCGUAUCGCUGCGAGCUCAUCAACGGCAUCGAGGACGAGAGCGUCUUCGUCUCUCUGAGGAUUGAAGGCGUGGUGUUUCCAUAUCAGGGUAAAAAUGGACGCUACAAAUUCACCUUCCAAGAAGCUAAGGAUGCCUGUACCGAGCAGGACGGUAUUUUAGCUUCGUACAGCCAGCUGUUCAGAGCGUGGACAGAGGGUCUGGACUGGUGUAACGCCGGCUGGUUAGAGGACGGAACCGUUCAUUACCCCAUCAUUCAGCCCCGGCCUGCCUGUGGAGGAGAGGUGCUUCCUGGUAUCAGAAGUUAUGGACCAAAAGAUAAAAAACAGGAUCAGUUUGAUGCUUUCUGCUUCACCUCACAGACCGCUGGCUCUGUUUCCUACAUUUCCGGCUCGUUCUCCUUCGAGCAGGCUGAACGUGCGUGCGGACGUCAGGGCGCUGAGCUGGCGUUGGUCGGCCAUCUCUACUCCGCCUGGCAUUUCCAGAAAUACGACCAGUGUGAUGGAGGAUGGUUGAGGGACGGCAGCGUGAGGUUUCCCAUCAGUAACCCCAGAGAGCGCUGUGGAGGCAUCCCCGAGGCAGGCGUGCGCUCGUUUGGAUUCCCCGACAAGAAGAAGCAUCUUUACGGAGCCUACUGUUAUAGGUAGUCAGACAUAAAAUACAUGAUCUUUUUCUACAUCAGUGUCUCAGUCGUGAGGAUGGGAAAGAAGAUGGAGGAAGAGCGGAAUCCACUAAACAGUUUUCAGCUCUGUUUGUCAGAUGCAUAAUUAGCCAUAAUCCAUAAUAAAGAUACAUGGACUUUAAAGAUAAAGUCUGCUGAGCUUCACAGCCUUCUGCACAUUUGUUUAAUGAUAACUGCAUCUCCCAGCGUGUCUUUAUAACAGGAGACUCAUUCAUGGAGGCUUAAUGUCUACAAUAGAUAACAUUCAGCUGCUGU